AUGCAUCUGUGUUUUCCCGCACUUCUCCAGCGGGCUCUCGCUGUUCUCCUGCCCGUAUCCCUUGUCUCUCUUUGUUAUCUUUAUUUUUACCCCUUAUUCCACGGAUGCGCUUUUCCUCUCCCGACCUCUGCAAACGGCAGCACCGGCUUCUACCCGCCUUAUACUAGUGAUGCUUAUCUGAAUACCGUUCGCGACCACUUUGGCUUGCAUAAUUUUUCUCAGCAUAAUCUCAAGCCCGCGCCAUUUCGGUUACUCGUGCUUGCUGACCCACAGCUUGAAGGCGACACUUCAUUGCCCAAGCCAGACGAUGCCUUCAUACCGCAGAUUAAGAAGCACUGGGAGGAUGUAAUAUCUGCAGACUCGAUCUCUGUGCGUUUUUCUGCUGCCGUGGAAGGUAUACGCGAUGUGGUACUGACGGACAUCCCUCGACUCGGUAAAACAAUUCGCAAACAACUCGAUCUUCUGGGGAACGAUUAUUAUCUUGCGCAUAUAUACAGGACAUUGUCGUGGUGGAGUCGCCCUACUCAUGUCACUGUCCUGGGGGAUCUUAUCGGGAGCCAAUGGGUGUCAGACGAGGAAUUUGAUAUCCGUUCAAGGAGAUACUGGAGUAGGACUUUUCGAGGGGGUGAGAAGGUGCCUGAUGAUAUGAUGGCUACUGGGAGAGAUGGAUAUACCCAAAAAACGGGAGUCAGUAUGGGUCAGGGAAUUGUUCUCGAUAUAGAACCAGACACUUGGUCAAAUCGGAUUAUCAACAUUGCUGGAAACCAUGAUAUCGGCUAUGCGGGUGAUAUCUCCCAGGAACGAAUAGAUCGAUUUGAAAGGGAGUUUGGUCUCGCGAAUUGGGAUGUCCGAUUUAACCUGCCGAUGACAGAAUUUUCCUUGGAUCUCAAUGGUACACGUAGCAAACCGGGAUUGAUUCCUUCUAUACAUUUGGUCGUGCUUAACACCCUUACCUUUGAUACCCCGGCGCUAGACGUUUCAAUACAAGGAAAAUCAUAUCAAUACCUUAACGAUGUGAUUGACCGUUCAUACCCAGUCGAAGACAGAACAACCUUUACUCUAUUAUUGACUCAUCUCCCGCUCCAUAAACGAGAGGGAAUAUGUACCGAUCCACCUUACUUUUCGUUCCACGAUAAAGACGAUGAACAUCCUAAAGAUGGUCAAGUGCGGUUCAAGGCCGGUGGUUUGAAAGAGCAAAAUCAUCUAAGUGACUAUGUUAGUCAUAAUGGUAUCUUGCAAGGUAUAUUUGGGAUGUCCGGAGAUAUUGACGUUCCUUAUUCCGGGAAAGGACGUAAUGGUUUAAUCUUGACUGGCCACGAUCAUACUGGGUGUGAUGUCAUUCACUAUGUGGACAGGAAAACAGCCAGUGAUAAUGAUAGUGCAGAUGCUAGGGCAGAACGCAUAUUGGAUACUGCGUGGUCAUGGAAUGCAAAGAAAUAUUAUGCCGAGAUACCCACAGAGGCGUUGGAAUCAGCCGGUAGCGCCACAGGAGUUGAUGCAACACCUUCGCCAACUCCGGCUAUUCGAGAGGUUACGUUACGCUCCAUGAUGGGAGAAUUCGGAGGCAAUGCUGGGCUUUUGUCGGUCUGGUUUGAUGCUGACUCCACACAAGAAUGGAAGUACGAGAUUACAACCUGCCAGCUGGGUGUUCAGCAUGUCUGGUGGGCAGUCCAUAUCACUGUAUUGGUGACUCUCAUAGCUGCUUCGACCUGGAUGACUGUCUUCUUGAUCUACGGCCAAUCGUCCCUUGCUGACGAGCGGAAAACUCCAAACCCGAAGCCACUGAAAGAGGUAGCUCCAGGGAAGCAAAAUAAAGAGCAAGAUGCAUCAUAA